AUGGCCUUCCACAUUGUAUCCACGAUUGCACUUCUUUUCCUGUCGCCGGCUUGGUUUUCAAAUGCUGCCAUGCAACCGAGUCGCGAUCUUCGUGGCAAAGUCAGGAAAGCUUUCACAAUACAUGAAGCUGAUGGUUGGUUUCUUUGGGAAGAAAAGGAAAUAGCGUACAAAGUAAUUGUUCAACGAGCAACAUGGGAUGAGGCAGAAGCCAUAUGUAAACAAAGGAAUGCACACUUGGCUUCGGUUUUGUCGGUAGAAGAAAAUGAUGUGAUAUACGGUAAGCGGCAGUUUGAUGCAGCAAAUGCGACCUAUGCCUAUUAUCGAAGUGCUCGA